UUUUUUUUUUUUUUUUUUUUUUUUUUAGGAAACAAAAUAUCCUAACCUUGCAUCAUAUCAAUAUGAAGUUAUGAACAGCUUAAAAAUUAGAAAAUCUGUAAAAGUCAAUUCACCACACAAUCGAUUGUCAUCAAUGGGGAUAUCACCAUCGAAGAAAGUAAGCCACCAUUUUCGCUCCUCCCCAGAAUUCACCUCUUCCUGCAACACCAUCUUCUCCGAUCUCCAAACCCUAACUCACCACACUUUUCCGGCCAAAAUCUUCGCUUACCAACUUUCCGACGCCACUCUCCGUCUCCACAAUUCUCAAUCCUCCCCUCUGAUUGCCACGUGGUGUCCUUCCCCUCCUUCACGCGCGCAAAUCGACAGCGCGUACCGUUCAAUUCGCCAUAGUUCUCCGCCGGAGGAAACCCUAGAUUCCGACGAGUUUAGAGAGUUUGCUGUUGUUGUGUUUACUGAUGCUGUUGUUUCGAAUGCUUCGAAGGCGGCAGCGAGUAAGGUUUGUGUUGGAGUUGUUGGGAUUGCUGGGGUUGGUAUGGUUGGGAGAGUUGGUGGUGGUUUGGUUGGUUCUGUGAUUGGGGUUUACGCGCUUGGGAUUGUUACUUCGGCUUAUCUUGGAUUGGGUUAGACCGGUCGAUUAGUUUAAGGGUGUGUUGUUUUUACCUUUUUAAAUUAAAUGGUAAACUAUGAUUUGUUAAA